AUGUCUCCAGACCUGCUGGCUCUGCUACACGAACAGGGGCCAUCCACGGAGGGGAUCUUCCGGCUGGCGGCCAGCGAGCGUGCCUCCCGGGAGAUCAGGGAGGCCCUGGACAGCGGGACCGAGGUCCACCUGGCAAGCCAGCCGGUGCACGUCCUGGCCGUCAUCUUGAAGGACUUCCUGCGCAAGAUCCCCUCCAAGCUCCUCGUGGCGGAGCUCUACCAGCAGUGGAUGGCCGCCCUGCAGAAGAGCAGCAGGGAGGAGAGGCUGGUGGGGCUGAAAGAGGUGGCCCGCGAGUUACCCGAGGCCAACCUCCUCCUCCUCAACACCUUGCUGCGGCUGCUGCAGAACAUCAGCAGCAACGCCACCGUCAGCAAGAUGACAGCCAGCAACCUGGCCAUCUGCGUGGGGCCCAACCUCCUCGGCCCACCAGAGGAGGACACGCUCCCUCUGGACACGCUGGUGCAGGCGACAGCCAAGGUGACCCAGCUGGUAGAGUUCCUCAUCAACCACCGGGAGGAACUCUUUGAGGCCGAGGAGGAGCGGGAGGAGGAGGAAGAGGGGGCUGGGCUCGCCGCUGAAGGGGCCGAGGAGUCGCCGGCAGCAGGAGCAGAGGCGGAAAGCGCCGAGGUAGGUGAGGUCCACAAGCAGCGUGAGAGAAUGCCUCCCCCCUCAGAAGGUGGGAUUGCCGCUGCAGGGACGAGCAAGUUCAUCCACCCACCUGCAGCUUUGCACAAGUGCAGAGUGAGGCUGAUGCAGGUUGGCCAUCACUCUUUGUGCAGUGACCCCAGCAGAAGUGGCACAGCUGGGCUGAGCAAAGCCAUCCAAGGGAUCUGCCUUUUAGAGCUGAGCUGGAAAACGGGCAGGGCUCAUCUUCUGCGUUUCCAUUGCAGGUGCCUGCAGUCGCUGCAGAAAGCGAAGGCCAGAAUAGCUCCUCUGGGCAGAGCAGGUAACGUGAGCUAG